UCCAGGACGCAUCAGCACGCGCAGUCAGAGCAGCACUGCGCGGGCGGAGGCCGCCACCGUGCCCCCGCUUCUUCUCUCCGGGAUCAUUAACGCACUGCGCCCAGGAUUAAUGAAUGUGCUCCUGGACCGGGUUUUAGUAUGAGACAGGGGCUCCUGCCGAUGGACAGACUGAGAGCGCAGCCCGGCGGCUCAGACAGGUGAAGAGGUCAUGGAGAGCCGGAGCUGUGGAGUCCGGCACAUGUGCGCCCUGACUCUGCUGCUGGUCUCCGUGUGUCCCCUGUGCUGCAGAGCCAGCUGGAUGUGGUUGGGUGUGACCCCGCCGGGAGUCCCGGAGAAGCUGGGCUGCGCUGACCUCCCGCUCAGCCACAGACAGCGCGACCUGUGCCGGAGGAAGCCGCACCUGCUGCCCAGCAUCCAGGACGGGGCCCGGCUGGCCAUCGCCGAGUGUCACAGCCAGUUCAGACACGAGAGGUGGAACUGCUCCACCAGCGACCACCCGGCCGUGUUCGGAUACGAGUUAACGAGCGGAACCAGAGAAACAGCGUUUAUCUACGCUGUGAUGGCAGCUGGGCUGGUCCACGCCGUCACGCGCUCCUGCAGUCAGGGCAACCUGACGGAGUGCAGCUGCGACGGUCGGCUGCAGGGCAGCGUCUCGCCAAAAGAGGGCUGGCACUGGGGUGGCUGCUCAGACCACAUCCAGUACGGGACCUGGUUCAGCCGCAGGUUCAUUGACAACAGCAAAAACAUGUCGACGAGCAGAGGAGGAUACACGCUGAUCACCAUGAACCAGCACAACAGUGAAGUGGGACGACAGGCCAUUCACAGGAAGAUGACGACACACUGUCGUUGUCACGGCAUCUCCGGCUCCUGCGCGCUGAAGACAUGUUGGAAGACGAUGGCGCCUUUCGAGCACGUCGGCGUGUACCUGAAGGAGCUGUACGAGCACAGCAUUCAGGUGUCGGACCGCUCGAGGAGGAAGACAAAGAGGAAGAAUCAGCGCCGCCUCCCCGUCGACAAACAGCAGCUCAUCUUCUUCAGCUGGUCUCCAAACUACUGCCUGGAGGACCAGCUGCGCGGUAUCGCCGGCACCAGAGGACGCCACUGCAACCGCACCUCCACCGGCUCUGACGGCUGCAACCUGCUGUGCUGCGGCCGAGGAUACAACACACACGUGGUGAGACACGUCGAACGCUGCGAGUGCAAGUUCGUCUGGUGCUGCUACGUCCGCUGCAGGCGCUGCGAGAGCAUGAAUGAUGUGCACACCUGCAAGUAAAGACAACAACACACCUGCAAACAAGACAAAAACACACCUGCAAGUAAAG